GCCGCGUGACGCCUCGCUGGUCGGACGGACCAGCGACGGACGUGUUUGGCCACCUCCCCGCGCCGGGGCUGUGUGAGUGCCGUGGGAAACCAUGUCCACCCUGUGCAGAACGCUCCGCGCUUACUGUGUGCCAAGCACUGUUCUAAGCGCGGUGUUUCGUUCCAGCUUCCUGCCGCGGGCGAGCGCGAAGAGGCUUCUCCACGGCUCCCCGGCCCCGGCCAACUCCAACCGGGCGGCCCUGACCCGCGUCCAUCGCGCGGCCUACGCCCGCUGCUACCCGGUGCUUCUCGUGCGGGAGGACGGCUCCACCAUCCGCAUCCGCUACCGGGAGCCCCGGCACCUGCUGGCCAUGCCGGUCGACAUGGACACCCUGUCCCCGGAGGAGAGGAAGGCCAGGCUGCGGAGGCGGAACUCCAGGCUGGCCGGGAAGAAGGACGAGGAGCCCGAGGUCCUGGACCACUUCCAGCUGGACCGCUACCAAAAGUUCUGGAAGAAGAAAUGAGCCCGAGGCGGGGGGGGUGGGCGACCCCCGGCCCUUCACGUCUCCAUCAUCAUCGUCGUCACCGCCGGCGGUACCUACUGAGCGCCCCCGGGGUGCCGAACGUGGGGCGAGUUUGAAGAUCCAGUCCCCGUCAUUCAUUCAGUGCCAUUUUAUUGAGCCACUAAAUAAAUAAAUAAACUUAUUUAUUUCUAG